UUUAGCAAACUGAACCUCCUGCAAAUCCUCAGCUGCAAGCCCAGAGUUAAAAGCAAACUAAGUAAUUAUGACGAGUUCACCACAAAUCACAACAAAGGAAGAGGAAGAUUGCUUACGGGCUAUUCAAAUUGCUAAGUCAACAGUGCUUCCUUUUGCUCUUAAAAACGCCGUCGACCUUGAUUUGCUGGAGAUUAUAGCUAAAUCAGGUCCAGGCUCUAAGGUGUCGGCUGCGGAGAUUGUGUCGAAACUUCCAGCUAAGAACCCUAAUGCUCCCAAUAUCUUCGACCGUAUCCUUCGAUAUCUUACGGCUUCUUCCAUCUUAGAUUGCGAUCUUGUCACCGAUCAAUAUGGAAAUACGACGAGAAGGUACGGUAUUUCCUCAAUCGGAAGAUAUUUUCUUCAAAAUGAAGAUGGAAUUUCUCUAGUUUCAGAUUUGAACGGGUUUGCGAGUACUGUUGUGUAUUCUUCAUGAUUGGGGAGACGAAGAAUGCUUGAAAUUGUUACGAAGCAUUAUCAGAAAGUGGAAAAGUUGUAUCAGUAGAACCGUUAAUGCCGAACCUGCCCACCACCACCACUGACACGGUCACUGCUACAACACUCAAUACCGAUGUCUCUCAAUGUUACUCUUGUGUCCUGCUGCAAAGGAAAGGACACUGAAAAGAGUUCCACACAUUAGCCAUUCAAGCCGUUUUCUCUGCUUUGAAACCUAUUUGUCCUGCUUGUAAUUAUUGGGUCAUGGAAUUGUUCAAGAACGUCAACAAUUAACCGCAAUAAUCCUCCAUGUUAU